GAGUUUUGCAUUUUUGUGAACUUUUGAAAUGGUCAAACACACUUGGAACUCAAAGACGACUGACAACUCUUCUUCCUUUACACAGUCACAAUCUUUUGGUCCAUUUUUUUGCAGCAAAGAAAGAACUUCCACCAAUCAUGAGCCGUCUGCUUUUAGAAAGGAAACUUAUGCUUCUCACUUAACUUGGACGCGUCGUUGUCUGCUUAUUGAAGGAAAACCUAUUCCGAUACUCUCUGCAGAGUUUCAUUAUUGGAGAAUUCCAGAUAGGAAUCGUUGGAAACGUAUUUUGGAGUCAUAUCGUUCUUUGGGUUUUAAUUGUGUUCGAAUAUACUUUCAUUGGGGCUUUCACUCUCCUCGUCAAGGUGUUUACGAUUUUCAAGGCAAUAGAGAUAUCGAAUAUCUUUUGCAGUUGUGUGAAGAAUUGCAUCUUUUUGUUAUUGCAGCGCCUGGACCUUACAUUUGUGCAGAAACACAGUGUGGUGGUUUUCCUACUUGGCUUGUCGCUAAAAGGGAAAUUAGAAUACGACACGUUGCCAGGGAAUUUAUCAAAAGAUGGGAUCAACAAUUUUUUGAGUAUUGUAAGGAAUGGUAUGCUCAGUUUCUACCUAUUCUUGUUUCUCAUGAGCGUGCUACUCAUUCACGAGGUUGUGUGAUUGCUUUGCAGAUAGAAAAUGAAUUGAUGCAAUGGUUGGCGUUCUUUCGUAUUGGUUUGGAUAAAGAACUUCGUAGUUUAGCAGAAUUGGCAAGAGAGAUGGGCGUGUAUUCACCCAUCAUUCAUAACGAUGCUAUGCCUGAUGGUUCUUGGACUCGCGGAAAGCGGAAUCGCCUUUGGUGGAGUUUAGGGUUAAUUUCUUCAUCACGCCGUUCCUAUCGUGUAGAUUUAUAUGGAAUGGAUUUGUAUGUUACAUGGCCACCUGAUAACGGAGACCAAAGAGAAGGCUCCUUGUUUGAAUUGGAUAUAAAAGACAUUUUAUCCAUCGUAAGAAUGUCCAAUGGCAAUGGUUUGAGUCACGAAGCAACUUUUGUUCCUUUUCGAAAUGCGAGUUGGAAGAAGCAUCGCUUUGCUCGUGCUUUUGAUAAACUCGAAAGGACUACCAGCGGAUUUGGUGGAGCUGCAACAUCAGGACCUGUCAUAGUUUGUGAGGCGCAAGGCGGUUGGUACAAUCAGUGGGGUAGAAGAAGAACUUAUGAUGAUAUGUUUACAUUUUUUGGUGAAGAUCAUACUUCGAAUGUUUUGGUUUCCUUACUUGCACAAGGCAUUACGAUGAUCAACAUUUAUAUGUUUUAUGGUGGAACAAAUUAUGGUUGUUUGGGAGAUACCGAAGUCUAUACUUCUUAUGAUUAUGCAGCAAGUAUUCGUGAAUAUGGUUUUAUUACUAACAAAGCAAGGAAAGUAGCUGCAGUGAAUCUUUUUUUCCGAACUUUUGCCAAUUUUGGUUUGAUAGAAACGGAAAGGUUAUCUCGUUCUGAUGAAUAUGGUGUACAGUGUUCGUUAUCCAAUGUUGUUAUUUGUACUCGUUGGGUUAGAAAGAGUGUGAGCAAUCAUGAAGAUGAAGUUUGUUAUCCUCGAAUAGCGUUCUUAAGGAAUUUUUCGUCGGUGUCAAAGUUUACUUUGGCAUUGCAAGGAGUAGCAGUAACUUGUAGUCUCGAACCUCGUCAAGUCAUGUUGGUGCCUUGUGAUAUUCCAUUGAGUGACAAAGUUGUCCUUCAUAUCUCGGGUAUUCAAAUAGUUGUUCGAAUGAAACAUUUGGAUACAGAGUUGUGGGUAUUAUCUUUGAAGGAUCCAGAAGUGGGAAGAAUUGCAUUUCGUUCUCGAGUGCCGUUGAUAUUAAAAUGGUGCAGUAUAGAUGGACAAUAUUCUGGCACUUGUGAUCCAAAUAGGGAGGACGAUGAGACAUCAGAUUUGACAAAUAUUCCUGCUGAAGAAUUGUCAUUUGGGGCUUUUAGAAAUGGAACCUUUAUCAAUGACGAUCAUUUGAGACAAGACUGUGCGAGUCUUGUACGUAGAGAAGAAACAAUAGGGCAAGUUUAUCACUUAUCCGUAUGGAAACCUUGUUUUAUAUUACUUUCAAGUCGGGAGAAUGAGCAUGGAACAACAACGACUCGAGAUCAAAUAAGACUCGUUUGUCUGAAUUCUGCGGAUGCAUCCACAGUGACUUGUAACUGGAUGGAACAAGAAAGAGACAUUUGGUCAAGUCAAGAAGAGACGAGUAGAAAUCCUGAAGCAAUAGCUUGGGGUGCAUAUCGUUUAUAUUUUGACAGUCAAGGUCAAUUGCAGAUUUCAUGUACUUGUUCUGAUACAAAUAUAUAUUUUCUACGUCAAGGUGAAUGCCCAGUCAUGUUUCAACCCAUGCCUUGUGUAGUGGAACAACAUAUUCCUUAUUGUUUUGUAUGUGUCUUAACAGAUAAGAUGCGCCUUUUGUCUUCCUUAUCGACUUCUUCUUCGUCUUUCAUUAGAUGGACUAGUCCAUGGCAGUCUGCUUAUCUAGACUGGAAUAUGAUUCCUUGGAAACCAAUCAACUAUGCUACGGAAAGAAAUCCACUCGAUCAUUUAUUUACUCAUGGACAUUGCUUGUACCGAUGCAAUUUUCAUAUAGGACGUCGAUUAUGGUUACAGAAUGAGUUGACUUUGAAACUCAAUUGUCGUCAUUUGGCUGUGGUUUGGUGUAAUGGAAAGUGUGUAGGUUCUCACCUUACUUAUAGUCAUCAUAUUGUUGGUCCAGGUGCAGUCAAUUUUUGGGACGUUUCGUAUUCUGGCAAUAUGAAUUACGACUUGACUCCCUAUUUAAAGAAAAAUGAUAACGGUGUCUUCGAAAAUGUACAACAACAAGUGAUAGUAUUGAUACAUAACUUUGGUCAAGGGAGACAACCAUUUGUAGUGAAUGAUGUGAGGAAUCCUCGUGGUCUUUUAUCGGCAAGUUUUCACGGAAUUCCUGUGGAACAGGUGGCUUGGUACAUAAGUGGAAGGAAUGUUUCAGAACUGGAAGAUCCAUUCAAUACCGUUGGGAUACCUUUGGAAGACAAGUUGAUUGGACAGAUUGUUGGAAACAAUCCUUUUCGUUACAGCAGAGAAGAUAUACAAAGGGGAGAUGAGAAUACUCGCAUGUAUUAUCAGGAAAUGACAACACUUGUAUCGAGUGAAACAUUUCAGUCAUCGAGUCAUUUAUCCAACGUCGUUUUAAAAUUGGACAAUUCUAGUUUCCUGUUUCCCGUUUAUAGUAGUGCAGGAAUGGGUUGGUGGAGAGCCAAGUUUCGAUUACCAGAAAUAUUAGAAAGUUUUGAUGGACGUUUGCAUAUGCCACUUGCAUUAUGUAUAAGUGGCAAUGCGCAUUGUUUUGCUUGGAUUAAUCAGCUACAAAUUGCUCGUUAUGUAGCCAAAGUAGGUCCACAGACUGUUUUUUAUAUUCCAUGCGGGUUGUUAUUAAGCGACGAAGAAAACGUUUUGACGAUUAUGUAUUAUACAGAACAUGAAACUGCCCAAGUGGGAAUUCGAAUCACUCCGUAUUUUGUCGAUAGCAAAACGGGAAAUUGGAAAAACGAAGGGUUUGAGACAAUCAGUGAUCUUCAGCCAGUUGUUAUUUAUCAGUUUACGGCGUAACUUUGUAUUUCAUUGGAAUGAGAUGAGAAAUUGUGUUUCACGGGUUUAUAUAUGUAAUAGAAAUCUCACCCAAUUAGUGAUCCAUCAUUUAAGGUUACGUUUUUAUUUAAUGGAAUUCUUUGCCCUUGUAGAGUCCAACAGCACUUCCAAUCAUCAUAUCAUCUGGUAGGACGAUCAUAUUUCAAAAAUGGUCUUCAAAGCUUUGGUUUCUUGUGUCCUGAAGUUAUUUAUGCCCAGAAAAAGGAUGGAGUCAGUUGCACCACCAACUGUUACUGGCUCCAACUAUUCUUUAAAUAACUUUUUCAAUAAAGUUUUUAAUUUGAUAGCCAUUCCACGAUGGAGCUAUCUUCGAAUUUUCCAUAUUAGGAAAAGUUCUUUUCUUUGGGGCUUUACUAACAUAUGCCAUAAAAUGGAAAAAAAGUCGUAGAAAACUAAAGUUGCUUCUUCCAAAAUCAUCUCUGUUUCAUCAAAUCAGUCGACACUGUUCAACAAAGUGAUGGAACGGAAGUGCUACAAGUACUCAUAACGACUGUUCAUUG